AUGGCUACUCUCCGAGAAGGCGCUCGAAUGGCGGGCGCAUUGGGCCGAAGACAGUUUCCCCUGCGGACUGUUCCCUCCUGCGCCAGCCGAUUCGCCUCUACACAGGCCGACAAGCCCUCUCCCACCUCCGAUGCUCUUGCAGAUCUCGACGCUGCCUCGUCGUUUAACACCCCGACUCCGAAUGAGAAGGAAAUUGAGGCCUUCAAUUUAGCUGAGAAGAACAAGACGAGAAACAAGCAGCUACCCGGUAACCGCUACCAGUACCACCCUCCUAAGUACUACCGCGGCCCUCUCCAUCCCGUCCAGAUGCCUCCGUCCUCCGACCCGACAGCUCGAGAUUUCGUCCCUGGUCCAUUCAGCUUCCCCCGGUUAAAGCACACAUACGACAACACCAUCGCCCCGGAUCUGAUGACUCUGACCUACACACAUGUGCCGCCUGGAACUGUGGCACCCGAGUCCAACAAGGGUGUUUUGCGAGAGUGGGAUGAGUCGUCGCCCUACCACAAGAACCGACCCCGCCGAGGACCUCGUGGUGGUGGUUCCUCGCGCCUAGGGAUACUCGAGCGGGACAUCGCUUGGCACAACAUCCCCGAAAUCGAGGCCGUCACUAUCAACUCAUAUGCGCCCCUCGGUGGCCAGAACAAGGAGUACCUCCAUGUUGCGCGCGCUGUCGUCCAGGCCAUCAGCGGCGGCUUCCCUGAAGUCACCAAGGUUAAGCACGGUGUCGUGCAGUGGGGUGUCAGGAAGGGUGAUAAGGGCGGUGCCAAGGUGACCUUGAAGGGCGGCGCUGCUUACGACUUUGUCGACAAGCUUGUGACUCUGGUCCUGCCCAAGAUCAAGGACUGGCCGGGUAUCAACGCCUCGACUGGUGACGACGCUGGAAAUCUGGCGUUCGGCCUGCAGCCUGCGUGGAUGGCGUUUUUCCCCGAAAUCGAGUUCAACUACGAUAUGUACCCUGCACGAUUGAUGCCUGGUUGCGACAUCUUCAUCAAGACUACUGGAACCUCUGAUAGACAGGGACGUCUGUUGAUGCAGGCCCUGGGCUUCCCCUUCUAUGGCAAGGCCACACACUAA